GAAUGUGUCCGAGGCGGUGUAUACCUGGAGGAAGGUGAGCAGCAGCAGCUCACACCCCUCCCGCCCUCAUAUGGAGAAGGGAGGGGGACAGGAAGCCAGGGCUGCUGUUUCAUAACCCAGUCACACAGUGGAGGUAGAGGCUGCUGCAAAGUGCAAACUCGCCACACAGAGACCCAGGGGAGCUGCUGUGACAGAAGGACAGCCAUGGACAGGAGGCCGGAGAUGGGUGGGGCACCAGCCCCGGUGGCCACGGACCGCGUCAGAGACCUGCAGAGUGAGGUGGAGGGAGUGAAGAACAUAAUGUCUCAGAAUGUGGAGCGAAUCUUAGCUCGUGGAGAGAACCUGGACCAGCUGAGGAAUAAAACAGAGGACCUGGAGGCCAGUUCUGAACACUUCAAGACAACGUCACAGAAAGUUGCCCGAAAGUACUGGUGGAAGAAUGCAAAGAUGAUCGCCAUAAUCUGCGUUGUGGUGGGGAUUAUACUCCUCCUCAUCAUCCUCCUUGCCACCGGCGUAAUUCCUACAUAGACUUUAAUUCUCUCUCCUCUUCCUUCUCGCUCCCCCACUGAAGACUCGCACUGACCCCAAAUGUAUGACACCGAAUAACUGAAUUGUUUUCAAAACUCUGACGAUGGCCACCUCUGGGGACAUUCAAUAUACCUAUGUGUCUACUUAGAUACAUGCACUGUUUUAUAAUACACACCAGUUCUAUAAUCAUUGGUAUGUGUAUAGAGGUAGCUGUCUACGUAUUGAGGUCUUGACUAAAAUGUAACCAUUUUUUAUAGUAAGCACGACCAACAACAUUGUAAAAUCCAUGCCUACUUUUGUAAAUGUAUGUAUGUAAAUUGGGAUACAUUAGGCUUGUGAAGGACAACAUUUUGGAAUCCUAACUGUGCAGUGCUGCUUUGCUUUCCAUGUAACCAAUGGCUACAAGGAAGGCAGCCAUGUUAUGGGUGGGGCCAACAGUCUGCCUAUUAAUACUCCAGGAUCUAGUGACCCAUAAAUUGUCUCUUGGUAAGUUCACUGGGUCCUAGUGCAUGGUUAGGCUGCGUCUUUAAUGAGUACUGGUUCAUACAAUCUCCAUGCACGUUAUGGGGCAAUGUUUUACUACCAAUGAAAAAAUAGCAUUUUAAUGGCCAUAUUUCUUACUUUACGCCAUGUGAUACUUAUUCCAUACACCAGGCAUAGGUACACUGCUCCUUGUAAGAAGGAUGUGAAAUAACUUGGUUUACGUUCUUGGCACAGCAAGCGCAGGCGGUUCUUCUGGACAGGCCGUGUUCCUGCAACCUGUAAUACAGAAUACACCAUAUUCUAUGUAGGGCUGCAGAUUAUGGUGGACUAGUGGGGGUUGUGUAACUAUUAAUAUACCGGGGUGAGGAAGAAGGGGAGUAUAAACAUAAAAGAAUUGUAUCACUUAAAUGAAAAUGUAAUUUAGUAAAAUGUAUUAAUGACUAAUAAAUGACUCCAUACUAUCCUCUGGCAGCUCACCCUGCUAGUACUGUAAAGUUGUUUUUCAGAACGGUUAAAGAAACGGCUUAAGGAAAAUAGUUUAGGAUUCCUUGGAUAUGAUUUUGGGGAGAUUUUUUUUUAAAUUUUUUUUUUUUUUUUAAUGUUUUUCAACUCCAAUAAAUAUGGGAGUUUGCAGUGAUGAUAUGUGUUCUAAAAAUAUAUUUUAAAAUUAAUCCUUUUGACAAUCCUUUGUCAGUUUUAAUUUGCUGCCAUUUUGCUGUGCUGUCUCUUUCAUUUGCAGUCAGUAGGUGGUGUGAUUUUCUAUGGCAGAUGUUAUGUCAGAUGGCUGGACCUUGUAGUUCUACACUGGCUACAGAACGAUAGGGAAUCUUCCUGGUACCUCUGGUUUAUGGUGGGCUUCUAGUGCCAGUUUUCCAUUAUAUAUAGUAUAUUUUUACAGAAAUGAUAUGUAACAUAUUUACAGAAAACCAUUUAGGAAGCUUUUAGCAAUUCAGAACACAGAUACGGGAAUCAACAGGACAAAUCUAUGACAGUAUAUGGUUAAAUGUAAUGGGACACACUUAGUUUGUCACAUAACCAUGAUUUAAUCUGGUUGUAGCCUAAGAAAAUGACACCCAUACUGCCUGCCUAUUUGUGCCAAUGGAAAUUUAGAUGAAAUCAGGCCAUUUUGAAGGGGAAUUGAAGAACAGAAAUGGGAAAUGCUGCCCUAGAGAUUUGUUUUUAACUUCUAUAACGAAUGAAGUAACUAAAUAAAGAUUAUUAAACUGCAGCAAUGUGAUCAAAUGAUAUGACGAGUUGCCUUUGUGCACAGUUAUGAAGUGUAAUGCAGAUGUUGACCACUGUGAAUGUUUCAAAACAUGCCUGCAGUGCUCUUACCAAACACCAGAGGGCAGUUGUGCAAUAUUAAAUCAGACACUGAAUGCUGGAUUUGAAGACAUCUAGGGGUGUAUUCGUCAAGCAGUGAAAAAAGUGGAGAAACAGACCAGCGGAGUAGUUGCCCAUGGCAACCAAUCAGCAUCUCCCUUUCAUUUUAUAGAAUGUACUUGCUAAAGGCUUCCUUUAAAGCUGAUUUGUUGCUAUGGGAAACUUCUCCACUGGUACUUUUCUCCCCUCUUUUCACUGCUUCAUGAAUAGACCCCCCAAAAUUUCAGCCAAAGUUGUAGAGUAACCAGCAAAGCUGCAUGAUGGGUGAUUGGCCUUGAUUACACUCAUGAGCAGAUAUGUAUGGUGCUCUUCCUACCUAUGUAGAUGUCCGAUAAUCUCAGCAGUUUAUCAGCAGUCUGUUUUCUAUGUAUACCUUGUACAGGGCUAUAUACACCUUGUGGCGCCUUAUAAAUAAAAGCUAAUAAUAUAAUGUCUACAUGCACGGAGAUAAGUCUAAAGCUGUUAUUUUAUUGCUGAUGAUUUUACAGCAUUUAUUUAUGAUACGUCUUAUUAAAGAGUUUAAUUGGUU